AUGGAGUCCGGCAUCCGCUUGAGCACGCUCUGCCUUCUCCUCUGCCUGGGGCCAGUUGCAGGGUUUGGCGUCGACCCUUCUCUGCAGAUCGACGUGCUGUCCGAGCUACAGCUAGGAGGCUCCGCGGAGGGCGUGCGCCAGGUGCCGGGGCUGCACAACGGGAGCAAAGCCUUCCUCUUCCCAGAUGCUUCAAGAAGUGUGAAGGCAUCUCCAGAAACAGCUGAAAUAUUUUUUCAGAAGUUAAGAAAUAAAUAUGAAUUCACAAUCCUGGUGACCUUAAAACAAGCCCAUUUAAAUUCAGGGGUUAUUCUCUCAAUUCAUCACUUAGAUCACAGGUACCUGGAGCUGGAAAGCAGCGGUCAUCGAAAUGAAAUCAGGUUGCAUUAUCGUUCAGGCAGUCAUCGCUCCCACACAGAAGUAUUCCCAUACAUUUUGGCAGAUGAUAAAUGGCACAGGCUUUCCUUGGCAAUCAGUGCCUCUCACUUGAUUUUGCAUGUGGACUGCAAUAAAAUUUAUGAGAGAGUUGUGGAGAAGCCCUUCAUGGACUUACCUUUGGGUACAACCUUUUGGCUAGGACAGAGGAAUAAUGCACAUGGCUAUUUUAAGGGCAUAAUGCAAGAUGUGCAAUUACUUGUCAUGCCUCAAGGAUUUAUUUCUCAAUGCCCAGAUCUUAAUCGCACAUGCCCAACUUGUAAUGACUUCCAUGGACUUGUGCAGAAAAUUAUGGAACUGCAAGAUAUCUUAGCCAAAACAUCAGCCAAGUUGUCCCAAGCUGAGCAGAGGAUGAACAAAUUGGAUCAGUGCUACUGUGAAAGGACCUGCACAAUGAAAGGCACGACUUACAGAGAGUUUGAAUCCUGGACAGAUGGCUGUAAGAACUGCACUUGCAUGAAUGGUACUGCGCAGUGUGAGGCUUUGGUUUGCCCUCUCUCUGACUGCCCACUUAACUCUGCCCUGGCUUAUGUGGAUGGCAAGUGCUGCAAAGAAUGCCAAUCUGUGUGUGUAUUUGAAGGCAGAACCUACUUUGAAGGACAAAGAGAAACUGUGUAUUCAAGCUCAGGGGAUUGUGUUCUGUUUGAGUGCAAGGACCACAAAAUGCAGCGUAUUCCAAAAGACAGUUGUACAGCUUUGAAUUGUCCAGAAUCUCAGCAGAUUUCCUUAUCUCACAGUUGCUGCAAAAUCUGUAAAGGCCAUGACUUUUGCUCUGAAAGACAUAACUGUAUGGAGCAUUCUGUCUGCCGAAACCUAGAUGACAGAGCUGUCUGUAGCUGCCGAGAUGGCUUCCGAGCCCUUCGAGAGGACAGUGCCUACUGUGAAGAUAUCGAUGAGUGUGCUGAAGGACGACACUACUGCCGUGAGAACACCAUGUGUGUAAAUACACCGGGGUCCUUCAUGUGCAUCUGCAAAACAGGAUAUAUACGCAUUGAUGAUUAUUCAUGCACAGAGCACGACGAAUGCAUAACGAACCAGCACAACUGUGAUGAAAACGCCCUCUGUUUCAACACCGUGGGUGGGCACAACUGCGUCUGCAAGCCCGGUUACACAGGAAACGGUACCAUUUGUAAAGCUUUUUGCAAAGAUGGGUGUAGGAACGGAGGAGCCUGCAUUGCUUCCAACGUCUGUGCCUGCCCACAAGGCUUCACUGGGCCCAGCUGCGAAACUGACAUUGAUGAAUGCUCAGAUGGCUUUGUUCAGUGCGACAGCCGUGCUAAUUGCAUCAACCUGCCUGGCUGGUACCACUGUGAAUGCAGAGAAGGCUACCAUGACAAUGGGAUGUUUUCACCAAGUGGAGAAUCUUGUGAAGACAUUGAUGAAUGUGGAACUGGAAGGCAUAGCUGUGCCAAUGACACUAUUUGCUUUAACUUGGAUGGUGGGUAUGACUGCCGAUGUCCCCAUGGCAAGAACUGCACAGGAGACUGUAUCCAUGAAGACAAAAUCAAGCACAACGGUCAGAUUUGGGUGCUGGAGAAUGACAGAUGCUCUGUCUGCUCAUGCCAGAGUGGAUAUGUGAUGUGUCGGCGAAUGGUCUGUGACUGUGAAAAUCCCACUGUUGACCUGUUUUGCUGUCCUGAGUGUGACCCAAGGCUCAGCAGUCAAUGCUUACAUCAGAGUGGGGAGCUUUCCUACAACAGUGGUGACUCCUGGAUACAGAACUGUCAGCAGUGUCGCUGUUUGCAAGGUGAAGUUGACUGCUGGCCCUUGGCAUGCCCUGAGGUAGAUUGUGAAUUCAGUGUCCUUCCCGAAAACGAGUGCUGCCCGCGCUGUGUCACUGACCCCUGCCAAGCCGAUACCAUUCGCAAUGACAUCACUAAAACCUGUCUGGAUGAAACCAACGUAGUUCGCUUCACUGGAUCUUCUUGGAUCAAGCAUGGCACAGAGUGCACCCUCUGCCAGUGCAAGAAUGGCCACGUCUGUUGCUCAGUGGACCCACAGUGCCUUCAGGAACUGUGA